CAGGGCGGUGGGUGUAGGUCGACAAGGCUCCCUUUUGCACAUGUGUGUCCUUUAGAUAUCUGUGUUAAUCUUUUAUUCUCUUGUAUAUUUGUAGAAGAGAUGACAAUGUUUCUUUUGAGGAGAGUUUUGCCUUUAGCGACGCGACAAACCUGCUGCAGGUCGUUUUCUGUGUCACAGAGUCAACGGAGCGACAGAAAAGGUUUGGUGUUGGGAGUCUUUGAGAAUGAAGGAGAGCAGGGCAGUGUUCAUCUGACAGAAGCAGCAGCGGGGUUUGACAAAGCUUUGUCUGGGAAACUCUCUGAGCUGCUGAAAAUAUCUGGACCUGCUCUCAAGAAAGGCAAAAGCAGAAUAUUUUAUGGAAUCCAUGAGGACUUCCCUUGUGUAGCUGUAGUUGGGCUGGGGAAGAAUAAUGCAGCUGUGUGUGGGGCAGAGAACUGGGACUCCAGCAAGGAAAACAUCAGACAGGCUGUAUCAGUUGGCUGCCGGUUACUGCAGGACCUGGAGGUGAACCACGUGGAGGUGGAUGGCUGCGGUGAUGCCCAGUCAGCUGCAGAAGGAGCAGUUCUGGGUUUGUUUGAAUAUGACCAACUUAAAUCCAAGAAGAAGACAAAAGUGACCACACAGCUUCAUGGAAGUGCUGACUCAGCUGGGUGGGAGAAAGGUGUCCUGUAUGCUGAAGGCCAGAACCUGGCACGGCUGCUCAUGGAAGCUCCAGCCAAUCACAUCACUCCUACAGCCUUUGCCAGCAUUAUUGAGGAGAAAGUAGCACGUCAUGCUGAACACGUCACAAUUCAUAAGAGGUCCCAGGAUUGGAUACAGAACCAGGAGAUGGGAGCGUUCCUCAGUGUGUCCAAAGGUUCAGAGGAGCCUCCUGUGUUCCUGGAGCUCCAUUACAACGGCUCACCUGACCCAACAAGGGCUCCACUUGUCUUAGUUGGCAAGGGCAUCACCUUUGACAGUGGUGGUAUUUCUCUGAAGCCAUCACUUUCGAUGGAUGCAAUGAGAGCAGACAUGGGAGGAGCAGCCACUGUGUGUGCAUCUGUCGUCACAGCAGCUGCUCUUAAACUACCUGUCAACAUUAUUGGUCUGGCUCCGCUUUGUGAGAACAUGCCCAGUGGAAAAGCCACUAAACCUGGAGACGUGGUCAAGGCCAAGAAUGGAAAAACGAUCCAGGUUGACAAUACAGAUGCAGAAGGCAGACUCAUCCUGGCUGAUGCACUGUGUUAUGGACACACCUUCAACCCCAGAGCUAUUGUCAAUGUUGCUACACUUACAGGUGCCAUGGAUGUAGCUCUGGGUUCAGCAGCAGCUGGAGUGUUUACAAACUCUGACUGGCUCUGGGAGCAGCUGCACAAGGCUAGUGUUGUGACAGGUGACAGAGUGUGGCGAAUGCCUCUGUUCCAGCACUACACCAGACAGGUGACUGACAGCCAGCUGGCUGACCUCAACAACAUUGGGAAGUACAGCCGUUCUGGUGGUGCAUGUACAGCAGCUGCUUUCCUGAGAGAGUUUGUCACGGCUCCUCACUGGGCACAUCUGGAUAUUGCUGGGGUGAUGAGCAACAAAGAUGAAGUUCCUUAUCUCAGAAAAGGCAUGUCUGGACGACCAACACGUACACUAGUAGAGUUUGCUACUGGUGUGGUCCAUAAUGACUGAAGGCUGGACACAGAAUCAGAUUGUAUGAAAUACUGUUUGAACACAAAGACAAAGAACAGUACUGAACUCACAAAUGAUCAUCAGUAAUUCAAGGUCACAUUUUUCAAAAUCAAUCUGUUGAAGAUAAAGUUAAAAAAAAAAAAAAAAAAAGCUGUAGUAAGAAAACUUAUGAACAGUUUUUCCAAGCUGUAACAUUGUUUCUCAUAUUGUUCCAGAUUGUCUUGUAAUUAUUACAAAACCAGCCCUGCAGCAUGGUUAGUGUAGUUUACAAUAUUUAUAUAUUCUAUCAUGAAUAAAAUCUCAGUCUUUA